GUUGGCAGCGCAGGUUAUAACCAAUCUACGUGUUUUGUCAUUUGCGUCAGUGAGCGACGGGUGACGUGGAGUUGGUGCCGUGUUUUGAAAAUUUCUCGCAGAAAAGCGGAAAUUUCUGCACAAAAUCAACGUACCAUCGUGUUUAAAACAAAACCAAGAUGGCGACGUUUGAUGAAUAUAUCCAACAAAACGAGGACCGGGAUGGUGUGCGUCUAACAUGGAAUGCUUGGCCAUCAAGUAGAAUUGAAGCAACAAGACUUGUAGUUCCUUUGGGUUGCUUGUAUCAACCCUUAAAAGAACGCCCGGACCUGCCGGUGAUUCAAUAUGAUCCGGUCCUCUGCACACGGAACAAUUGCCGUGCGAUUUUAAAUCCUCUCUGUCAGGUUGACUACAGAGCCAAGCUGUGGGUUUGCAACUUUUGUUUCCAGAGAAAUCCAUUUCCACCACAAUAUGCAGCUAUUUCUGAGCAACAUCAACCAGCUGAGUUGAUGCCCAACUUCUCCACAUUGGAAUACACCAUAACCAGAGCCCAAUGCAUGCCACCAAUCUACAUUUAUGUUGUGGAUACAUGCAUGGAUGAUGAAGAACUUGGUGCAUUGAAAGAUUCUCUUCAAAUGUCCCUCAGUCUGAUGCCACCAAACGCGCUCAUAGGUUUGAUUACAUUUGGUAAAAUGGUGCAGGUUCAUGAACUUGGCACUGACGGCUGCAGCAAGAGCUACGUUUUCAGGGGAACGAAAGAUUUAACCGCGAAACAAAUUCAAGACAUGUUGGGUAUCGGUAAAGUAUCACCAAUGACUCCACAGCAACAACAGCAGAUGCGUGGUCCACAAGGUCAGCAACAAAUCGUACCACCAGCGAAUCGUUUUAUCCAACCCUUAGCGAAAUGCGACAUGAGUUUGACUGAUCUCAUCGGUGAACUGCAAAAAGAUCCAUGGCCAGUCCCACAAGGCAAGCGCUCAUUGAGAUCAACCGGUGCAGCGUUAUCUAUCGCUGUUGGUUUGUUAGAAUGCACGUAUGCUAACACAGGCGCUAGGAUUAUGAUGUUUUUGGGUGGGUCGUGCUCGCAGGGUCCCGGGCAAGUCGUCAAUGACGAUUUGAAACAACCGAUUCGUUCCCAUCACGAUAUACAUAAAGAUAACGCGAAAUAUAUGAAAAAAGCGAUUAAACACUACGAAGCGCUUGCGAUGCGUGCGGCUAGCAAUAGCCAUUGCGUAGAUAUUUAUUCUUGUGCGUUGGAUCAGACUGGUUUAAUGGAAAUGAAACAAUGUUGUAAUUCGACUGGCGGUCACAUGGUAAUGGGCGAUUCUUUUAAUUCGUCGCUUUUCAAGCAGACAUUCCAGCGCGUUUUCGCUAAAGAUGCCAAAGGAGAUCUCAAAAUGGCUUUUAACGGUACUCUAGAAGUGAAAUGUUCUAGAGAAUUAAAGGUACAAGGCGGUAUUGGGUCCUGUGUUUCAUUGAAUGUGAAAAGUCCACUUGUAAGUGAUACAGAAAUCGGUAUGGGUAACACUGUUCAAUGGAAAAUGUGCACGUUGAAUCCGAGCACAUCCAUUGCGUUGUUCUUUGAAGUUGUAAAUCAACACGCUGCGCCUAUUCCACAAGGUGGCAGAGGGUGUAUUCAGUUCAUAACACAGUAUCAACAUUCAAGCGGACAGAGGAGGAUUAGAGUGACGACUAUUGCGCGAAAUUGGGCGGAUGCCAACGCGAAUAUUCAUCAUAUCAGCGCUGGGUUUGAUCAGGAAGCAGCGGCGGUGAUGAUGUCACGUAUGGUUGUCUACAGGGCGGAAUCUGAUGAUGGGCCAGAUGUUCUUAGAUGGGUUGAUCGCAUGCUUAUUAGAUUGUGUCAAAGAUUUGGAGAAUACAACAAAGACGACCCCAAUAGUUUCCGUCUGAACGAAAACUUCAGUCUGUAUCCGCAAUUCAUGUACCAUUUGCGACGCUCGCAGUUUUUGCAAGUUUUCAAUAACUCUCCGGAUGAGACUUCGUACUAUCGCCAUAUGUUGAUGAGAGAGGACUUAACACAGUCUCUGAUUAUGAUCCAACCGAUUCUGUACAGUUACAGCUUCAAUGGUCCACCUGAACCUGUCUUGUUAGAUACCAGCUCUAUUCAACCGGAUAGAAUCUUGCUUAUGGACACGUUUUUCCAGAUUUUAAUUUUCCACGGAGAGACUAUUGCGCAAUGGAGAAAUUUGAAGUAUCAAGACAUGCCAGAGUACGAAAACUUCCGGCAGUUGCUCCAGGCACCCGUUGAUGACGCGCAGGAGAUUUUAUCUACGCGUUUCCCGAUGCCUCGUUACAUUGAUACUGAACAGGGUGGCUCACAGGCUAGAUUCCUCCUCUCCAAGGUUAAUCCUAGCCAGACCCACAACAAUAUGUACGCCUAUGGCGGGGGUAUGCCAGGCACGAUGACAUCAAUGGAUGGUGGUGCUCCGGUGUUGACCGAUGACGUGUCUCUGCAAGUGUUUAUGGAUCAUCUGAAGAAACUGGCUGUUUCAUCGACGGCUUAAAUGUGGCGUCAUACAAUGAAUUACAAUUCUUUUGCGUUCGAUAAUAUAUAUUUGAUGAAGAGAAAACAAUAACAGGUGGAGAUGAAAUUAUAGAUCACAGAGAUAUUAUUUAUGUAGGUAAUGUUCAAGUCGAUGCAACAACACACUGAAAAUUAUAUAUUACCUUUAGUAUUUGAUUCAAUGUUUAGGAGAAAAUUUAUUCGAGGCAGAUUUAAAUUUAAUGAGGAAAAUAAUUUUUAUUCACAUAUUGCAUGGUGUCUAUUGUAUUAAUUUAAUAAAAUAAUGAAUAUUA